AUGACAUCAUUUUUGAAACACCUUGUAAAGACGAUAAACACCUACAUCGCACUGCUAGCGGAAAAUUCAGUACCGGAUCAAAGCCCCUUAAAAGGCCAGGUCUUAAGAGAACCGUCAUCGGUUUCUCAAAAACGAAAGAGGAUGGACGGAGAGAAAAAAGAAAUUCUACGCAAGAAGUGUCGUGUUACAUCAUCGAUAUUACAACCGGCGGCGGAGUUUCUAGACCUUCCUCACGACAUCCAUCAUCUUAUCAUAAGCCAAUUUCUUGAUCCUGUCGAUAUUCUGUCGCUCGCGCAUACCUCCAAUGCUCUCCGAGCUCUUUGUUAUGACCUGUACCUAGAACGUCAAGGCGUCCUUCAAAUUGGUAUUUGUUCUGAGUCCGACAUCUGCAAGCGCCACAUGACUAUCAGGAUCACAGAAUACAUUCCUCGCUUAGCUCUUUUCAUCCUUUUGUCGGCCCUCUCCUCUGACCAUUUUUCCCGAGUUCGCGCUUGCUUGUGGAUUGAUCUGGCCUCUCUAUAUUACUUCGAAGACAUGAUAUUCAACUUUCUUGAGGAAUCACAGCUUGUUGUCGCAGGUCUUUAUUUCUCAUACGGCUGCAAGUCCCUUCAGGCGCUUUCCUCCGAAGUCCCAGGACAAAUGAGCAGACUUUUAGCCUCAAUCGGUACAUCCUGCACUCUCCUGCAUAUCUGGGAACGAUCAGAAAGCAACCGAGCCAUGACCGCUAUGCGUUUUUCCAGGCCCAACUCCGGGUCUAAUCGUAUACACAAUAUUCACCGUGCAGCAGACUCUGUUCUAUCUAUGGAUUUGACACUGUCCAUUUUUGAUUCACCCUCAACCCGUACCCUCGCGCCGCUGUUACUCAAAGGAUCAUCCAUCACGUCUUUAGUGCUAUCUUGCGCCAACACCGCCAUGCUCCUCAACAUCCUUGAUGAGGUACAAAUGCCAGCGCUGUUGACGAUGGGCCUUUUUGUUUUAUCAGAUGUGUCUGGAAUCUCUUUCCCAUCCCAAUUUUUCUCUCAACAUCCAACUCUACAGCGUCUAACUGUAACAAACAGCGGCAGUGACUCUGUCAAUGGCGUCCCUCAGGAAUCUAUUCUCAACCUUCCCCCUCUUCGUGCCAUCACCAUUUCAUCCAAUUAUUAUGGUUGGACAAUGACUGACGAGUCACUGCUGUCAUCCGUCGUUCUCCCCUCCAUCGUCGUUGAUAAUUCCAAGUCAGAGGACUGGGCAGCUUUCAAUCUACUUAUCAAAGUGGCUAAGCUGGUUUCCUGA